AUGACAAGUGAAAGUCCUGUCAUCAUCGUCGGUGGCGGACUGGCGGGUCUUGUGGCUGCGUUUGAGCUCUCCAAGCGUCAAGUUCACAGCAUCAUCAUCGACCAAGAGAACGAAGCAAAUCUUGGGGGACAGGCUUUCUGGUCUCUUGGAGGUCUUUUCAUUGUCAACUCUGCCGAACAGCGCCGGGUGGGAAUAAAGGACAGCCGUGAACUCGCGCUGCAGGAUUGGUUGGGUACCGCACGCUUUGACCGUGAUUGCGAUUACUGGCCGAAGAAAUGGGCUGAAGCUUUCGUCGACUUCACGUCAGGAGAAUUCGAAAGCUAUGUCAAAUCACUCGGCUUGAGUAUUGUCAGUGUCGGCUGGGCGGAACGAGGCAGCGGAGACGCUGGGGGCCAUGGAAACUCGGUACCAAGAUUUCAUUUGUCAUGGGGCACCGGCCCUGCAGUGGUCGAUAUAUUCGAGAAGCCUGUCAGAGAAGCUGCGAAGAAAGGGCUGGUGGACUUCAAAUUCCGCCACCAAGUUGACUCUAUAGUGGUAGAUCAGCACGGUGCGGCUAUUGGUGUGCGGGGCCAAGUUCUCGAGCCAUCGGAUACCGUCCGAGGAGUUGCAAGCAGUCGGAAGAGCGUGGACACAUUUGAGAUACGUGGAAGCAAAGUGCUCGUAUCCAGUGGAGGUAUUGGCGCCAACAUUGAACUAGUUAAGAAGAAUUGGCCCGUUGAUCGAAUCGGUGCAAUUCCAUCCAACUUCGUCGUUGGUGUCCCUGCCCAUGUCGAUGGACGUAUGAUCGGAAUUGCCCAGGAGGCAGGCGCCAAUGUAAUCAACAGCGAUCGCAUGUGGCACUACACCGAAGGUAUUAUGAACUGGGAUUCAAUCUGGCCAGAUCACGGAAUUCGAAUUAUUCCUGGUCCAUCCUCACUUUGGCUAGAUGCCACGGGACACCGUCUGCCUCCAAUGCUCUACCCUGGAACCGAUACACUGGCUACGCUAAAGCACAUCUGCCACAGUGGCCAUGACUACACAUGGUUCAUUCUCAACAGAACGAUCAUUAGCAAAGAAUUUGCUCUUUCAGGCUCCGAACAAAACCCGGAUAUUACCGGGAUGAGCUAUCUCCAAGCCCUGAAGCGUCUCCUGGGCUGGUCUCCUACCGCGCCUGUUCAAGCAUUCAUGGACAAAGGGGCCGACUUUGUGGUCGAGAAGACCCUGCCAGAACUGGUUGUUGGCAUGAACAAAUUAGCGAAGGAACGAGGUGGACCCGAACUUGACAUUGAACACAUCGAAAAAGAGAUACAUCUUCGCGACAGCCAGUGCGACAAUCCAUUUAGCAAGGAUGCCCAGAUAAUGCUCAUUCAGAAUGCACGCAACUAUUGGCCUGAGCGAUGGUCCCGGGUAGUCAAGCUUCACAAGCUCACUGAUCCUAGCCAUGGCCCCCUGAUCGCAGUCCGGUUGAACCUUCUGACUCGAAAGACCCUUGGCGGAUUAGAAUCGAACCUAGACGGAAAUGUUCUUCGUCCAGAUGGAACAGUCUUCCCGGGGCUGUAUGCUGCGGGUGAAGUUGCUGGGUUUGGAGGAGGUGGAGUUCACGGAUACAGUGCUCUUGAAGGCACUUUCCUCGGAGGCUGCAUUUUUUCAGGACGAGUGGCAGGUAUUAAAAUGGCUGAGGCAGUAUUAGGGAGCUCAAAUGAGUCCUUCUAG